AGAACGAAGAGAAAAGAAACUACUUGAUCUCUGAAACGAUGGCCCCAUUCUCGUGGCUCGGUCGUCCUCGUGUUGCUGCGCUUAGCAGGAAAGGUUUGAAAUCAAGGGAGAAACGAAUGCAGAAAAGGGUGAAGAGGUUGAAGACGGAGAUGGAGGCAAGAAGCGAGGAACACAAGGAUAUCAGGCAAGUUCAAAACCAAGUGAAAGAAAAAAUCCAAGGAAUUGAGUCGGAGUGCGAGGAAUUGAAGAGAGAAACUAGAUUCAUAAUCCAGCAGAGUGCCAGAACCCAGGUUAAAAUUGCUCUCAUGUUCCGCAUUUUGAAAGCAAGGGAAAAUGGCGACCAAGAUUCCGCUACCAAACUCACUCAAAUGCUCCGAGAAAUUGUAGGAAGAGAGGAGGAAAGGUGACGGUUGGCAUGGCGAGGAUAAACUAACUAUGCUCCGCCGCUUCCAAUUCCAAUUCCAAUU